ACAAAAUUUCCAUCAUAUCUCUAUAUACUUCUCUUCCAUAUUUAACAGGGAAGAAAUAUCAUUCAUUUUUCCUUGGUAGCCAAACCCUAAAAAAAACCCCUCUUUUUCACCGCAAACUUCACUUCGAUUAAUCUCAUCUUCAUUACAAUCCAUCCAUUUCAAUUCUCUCAUUCAUUCAUUUCAACUUCGAAGAUUUUAAUCAACACUUUAAGUUGAAUCAAAUUCGUCUUCUUCAACUCUUCUAAUUCACUGCAAUUCUGGAAAAAGCCUUCAUCUUUCCUGCAAAACAAUGAGUGGGAGAGUUGGAAGGGAAUAUCAUUCAAGGAGGGAUCAUCAUACACAGCAGUACCAUAGUCAGCGACACCAUAAUCAUCAUUCGUCGUCUUCGUCUCGUUUCGACGAAAGCAAGCCUUCUCGUGGCAAGAAUAAUCCUCCUUCCCGGCAUUUAUGGGUUGGGAAUUUGUCUCACCACAUUAGUCAAUCAACUCUUGCUGAUCACUUCAUUAGGUUCGGAGACCUCGAAAAUAUUGCGUGCCAUUCCGGUCGGAGCUACGCCUUUGUCAAUUAUGUGAGGGAAGAUGAUGCUAUUGCGGCUUUGAAUUCGCUUCAGGGGUUUAGUCUUGCAGGCAUGCCUCUUAGGAUUGAGUUUGCCAAGUCGUAUACAGAUUCUGAAUCCCAGGACAAGUCAUCUGCUCCUCCACGUGAUGAGUUGUACUUGCAACAUCGAGAUGAGCUGCAACCUCGAAACAGAAGUUCAGCAUUCUCACCAAGGGAAUCUAGAAAGCGUCCUGCUAGCCCUGAUGCAUACUAUCCAGAUAGUCCAAGGAGAAAUGAACGUGGCUCAGACCAUCCAACUGAAAUUUUAUGGAUAGGGUUUCCAUCAUGCUUGAAAGUGGAUGAAGCGAUAUUAAGGAAGGCUUUUUCUCCAUUUGGAGAUAUUGACAAGAUAACUGCAUUCCCAGGUCGUACAUAUGCAUUCGUCCAGUUCAGGAAUCUAGCAUCAGCUUGCAGGGCUAAAGAAACUCUCCAAGGAAAAUUGUUUGGAAAUCCACGCGUGCAUAUAUCUUUUUCUAGGAAAGAGCAUGCUUCAUCUGCUGGUGGGAGGCAAAGUCUGGGGCCUAAUGCUCCUCCUUCACAUUCUAAGUCCUUUAAUCAGAUUGGAUCUUCUGAUAACUUACGCGCUGAUAGAAAUGCCAGAGAACCUGAAGAUCCAAGCAUUAGGGUCCCCCAUUACCCAAACAUGGAAUAUGAAGAUCCUGAAAUUAGGAGCUUCAGGAGGCUAGAGUCUCCAUGGGCUCAUACUGGUGGUUCAUAUGAAGACAGAAAAUUUCAUGAACUUGGACCAGAUAUAGGUCCUUCACAAGGGCGGCAGGAAUAUAGUAGGAGUCCUUUUAGAGAUGGAAGUGCUCAAUAUCAUGACUUUUCUCCUCGAAAUCUGAGAAGAAAAAGUCCAUUUCCAGAAGAUCGAAGGGACUUGCCGGAGGAUACUUACAACUAUCACAGAGGAAAGAAAUUGAAAAUUGAUUCCUUUCCACGUGAGGAGCUUCCUGAAUAUCCUUUGCAUAAUGUAAGCCAGGAUAAGCAUGUUUUCCCUGGAUUAGUUCCUGAAUUUUCUUUGUCAGAUGAGUCUGGGCCUCCUAUUCCGUAUAGAAGACUGCCAGAGAAUCCUUCAAACUUAAAUCGAUCUUUAGGGGAUAGGCAUGACAAUUGGGGAUCAUCUCAUGAUACUUUCCGGUCACCUCCUCCAAAUUCAUCAUCAAUUCCAGCUGAGUGGAAAAGAACCACCUCUGAGUUGCAUCAGCGAGGAACGAAGGAAUGGAAAUGGGAGGGUACUAUAGCAAAGGGUGGAACUCCUGUCUGCCAAGCUCGUUGCUUUCCAGUCGGAAAAGUCAUGGAUUUCUUCUUGCCAGAGUUCCUAGAUUGCACUGCACGGACUGGGCUUGAUAUGCUUUCUAAGCAUUAUUAUCAGGCUACCUGCUCUUGGGUUGUCUUUUUCGUCCCUGCCAGUGAUGCAGAUAUGGUAUAUUAUAAUGAAUUUAUGCAUUAUCUGGGAGAGAAGCAACGGGCAGCAGUUGCUAAGUUGGAUGAUAGGAACACCUUGUUUCUUGUCCCCCCUUCAGAUUUCUCUGAGAACGUGCUAAAAAUACCUGGGAAGCUAAGUAUAUCUGGUGUCGUUUUAAGUUUAGAACCAUCUAGUCCUACCUUGGCUUCUCAUCCUCUAGAGAAUGAGAUGAAAAAUAGAGAUGUCAUUUAUUCACAUGCUGAUACAUCAUACAGCAAACUGCAAUUUCCAGGUCCCUCUCCUAUACCUUCAGACGUUGAUCGUGCAUCAUUACAAGGAAAUAGCAAAGCUUCAGCUCCAUCACCAUUCCCAUCUUAUGAUCAUGGAAGCGGAAGCAUCCCUUAUCACAUGGAAAGCAGACACAAUUUCCAACCUGGUUACUCUGCCCCUCGGGAUGCAACAUUGCAAGCAUAUCCUGUUUCUGAAGGAUAUAAUAAUUCCAAUUCUGGUAGGGGUGGUACAGAGUUUAGCAGGGUUAUUUAUGAUGCUGGUACCGAAUAUUCUGAUGGUAGCAAGUCGUCUCUUCAUGAACAAAAAUUUUCAUCAUCUGUACCUUCUUUGCCUCUGAGUGGUUUUCAACAAGAGCAGCAUGCUGAUGUCUCUCUGCGGGGGCAGCUACAAAGGCAAACUACAAACCGCUCUCCUCCAGCUGCUGAUGUUUAUAGAUCAUCUGGCUUCAUUGGGAAUCAACAUGAAAGUCUGUCAAGAGUUCCCCCAAGAUAUAAUGCUUCACAAACAGCAAAUCAGGUGUCUUCUGACAUGUCACCAUCUCCGUUUAGUCAGCUGCAGCAGCAACCAGUGCAAGCAGAAAACGUGCGGGCAUUCGCUCAUGCUGGUCCCGUGGCAACACAGGGGAAUCAAGAGAUUGUGAACACAGGUAAUGCACAAGAUGACGGUGAAGCUGAUCCUCAGAAACGGCUGCAGGCAACUUUGCAACUUGCUGCAGCUUUGCUUCAGCAAAUCCAACAAGGCAAGGCACCUUAAUUGGUUGAGAUUUUAGGAGUUGAAUUUCAGAAUCCUCCUCUCCCCCUUCUACCCCAAAAUAGUGAAAAUGAUAAACUUAGAAUUUUUUUUAAAAAAAUUCUGAUAAUUUUGGAAGUGAAGUCCUGGUUGCACUAAGCAGGUGAACAUGA